GUGAACGCGCACGGAGCAGUGGGGCUCGCGGAGGAGCCGUGAGUGUGCGCGGCUGCUGCAACUUGACAGUUAACGUUUGCUAUUUAUCCGGAGGUGUUUACUCUAAACAACAGGGGGUUGAGCAGAAGGCUGUGCUGUGUGGCGGAGGACGGGGGCAGAGAGCGCUGGCCCCUGGGGUUCCUGGCUAACGAUGGACAACACCUCUCUUGGCAAAGUGAGCGGCUCCACCGAAUCAGUGGCCACUGUCACCAGCGAGGAGUUUGUGCUGGUGCAGCCGUCUACCGGAGGAUCCCCCUCGGGCUCAGAGGGCAAGCCCAGACUCAAGAUGUCCUGCAAUGGGAAGGAGCAGUUGGAGAGGGCCAUGGAGGACCUGUUGGAUGACCAUGUAGUGAUGGAGGACCGGAGUGGAGGAGCAGGAGAGGAGGGAACCGAGACGUUUUGCGACACAUUGAACUCCACAGCCCCCGUCCCACAGACACAACCCCAAGGCCUGGCGCUGUACUCCACACCUGCCGAGGUGUCAGUGUGUCCUGCAGCAGGUAGCCCACCAGUCCAGGAGGAGGACAGUGUUCAGUUCAGUAAGCUGUCCUACCUGGGCUGUACGUGGGUGAAGGCCCCACGCAGUGAGCCCGAGGCCCAGAGAGCCAUGACCACACUGCGGGCAGAGAGUGCCAUCCCCAUCCCCGUCACGCUCCAUGUGCCCAAUGUACCCGGGGGCUGCGUCAGGAUUGUGGACCAGGCAUCAGGCACGGAGAUCGCCUCCUUCCCCAUUUACAAGGUGCUGUUCUGCGCCCGGGGUCGGGAGGGCUCCAUCGAGAGUGACUGCUUCUCCUUCACUGAGAGCUACCGCAGCUCAGAGGACUUCCAGGUCCACGUCUUCUCUUGCCAUAUCAAGGAAGCUGUGAGUCGGAUCCUGUACAGUUUUUCCACAGCGUUCCGGCGCUCAUCCAAGCCAAACCCUGACGAGAGGGACUCGGCCCUGCCCCUCUCCCCUGACAGUGACCUCUUCACUUUCACCGUCUCACUGGAGGUCAAAGAGGAUGACAGCAAGGGCAAUUACAGCCCGGUUCCCAAGGACCGAGAGAAGUUCUUCUUCAAGCUGCGGCAGGGCUUUCAGAAGAAGGUGGUGGUUAUGGUUCAGCAGAUGAGCAACAAAGAGCUGGGCAUUGAGAGGUGUUUUGGGAUGUUGCUGAGCCCAGGCCAGAAGGUUCGGAACAGUGACAUGCACCUUCUAGACAUGGAGUCCAUGGGGAAGAGCUCGGAUGGAAAGUCCUAUGUGAUCACGGGAACCUGGAACCCCAACAUGGCUGCCUUCCAGGUGCUGAAUGAAGACACACCUAAAGACAAGCAGGUGUAUAUGACUGUAGCCGUGGACCUGGUGGUGACUGAGGUGUUGGAGCCAGUGCGCUUCCUGCUGGAGACACUGGUGCGCGUCUACCCGGCCAACGAGCGCUUCUGGUACUUCAGCCGCAAGGCCUUCAGCGAGACCUUCUACCUCAAACUCAAACAGGGUGGUGAGAAGGAUGGCCAGGCUGAUUCCAUGUUGGAGGUAGUGAGCCUGCAGAGGGAGACUGAGAGGAACAACUGGGGCCAUGUUGAGGAAGAGGAGCCUGAGGAAGAUAGCGACAGUGAGAUCUCCAGUGGGACCGGUGAUGUGUCCAAGGAUUGCCCUGAGAAGAUCUUAGAGUCCUGGGGUGCAAUCCUCAACAGAUGGCAUGGGAACUUGUCUGUGCGGCCUAAGGGCCUGACUGCGCUGGUGAAGCCUGGGGUCCCCGAGGCCCUCAGAGCUGAGGUCUGGCAGCUCCUCUCAGGCUGCCAGAGUGACCAGGCCCUGCUGGAGAAAUAUCGCAUCCUUAUCACCAAGGACUCUGCUCAGGACGGAGUGAUCACCAGAGACAUCCACCGCACCUUCCCCGCUCACGACUACUUCAAAGACACGGACGGAGACGGACAGGACUCCCUCUACAAGAUCUGUAAGGCCUAUUCAGUCUAUGACAAGGAGAUUGGUUACUGUCAGGGACAGUCCUUCCUGGCUGCAGUGCUGCUACUGCACAUGCCUGAGGAACAGGCCUUCUGUGUGCUGGGGAGGAUAAUGUAUGAGUACGGCCUGAGGGAACUCUACAAGAACAACUUUGAGGAUCUGCACUGCAAGUUCUACCAGCUGGAACGCCUGCUCCAGGAACAACUCCCAGAACUCUGGUCCCACUUCCAGGACCUCAAUCUGGAAGCUCACAUGUACGCCUCUCAGUGGUUCCUCACACUCUUCACAGCCAAGUUUCCCCUCUGCAUGGUCUUCCACAUCACUGACCUGCUGUUGUGUGAGGGUCUGAACGUCAUCUUCAACGUGGCUCUGGCCCUCCUCAAGACGUCCAAGGAGGACCUACUUCAGACUGACUUUGAGGGGGCUCUGAAGUUCUUCCGGGUCCAGCUGCCCAAACGCUACAGGGCUGCUGAGAACGCCCGCAGGCUCAUGGAACAGGCCUGUAACAUCAAGGUUCCCACCAAAAAGCUAAAGAAGUUUGAGAAGGAGUACCAGACCCUGAGAGAGAGCCAGCUGCAGCAGGAGGACCCCAUCGACCGCUACCAGAGAGAGAACCGUCGGCUGCAGGAGGCCAGCAUGCGUCUGGAGCAGGAAAACGAUGACCUGGCCCAUGAGCUGGUGACCAGUAAGAUUGCCCUGCGGACCGACCUAGACCAGGCGGAAGACAAGGCAGACGUGCUGAACAAGGAGCUGCUCUGCACCAAACAGCGCCUGGUGGAGACGGAGGAGGAGAAGAGGAGGCAGGCGGAGGAGACGGCACAGAUUAAAGAGGUGUUCAGGAGAGAGCUGGAGAAAGCAGAGUCAGAGAUCAAGAAAACUACAGCUAUCAUCACCGAAUACAAACAGAUCUGUUCUCAUCUCAGCACCAGGCUAGAGAAGCAGCAGGCUGCCACCAAGGAGGAGCUGGACAUCAUCAAGAGUAAGGUGAUGGCGUGUGAACGCUGCAGGGAGGUGUUCAGUAAAGAAGGGCCUCUCCAGAUGCCCGCUCCCAGCAGAGACAACAGGAACAGUGAGCUGGACGAGGAGAAGGACUCCCUGAAGUCCCAGCUCAGAGAACUGGAGCUAGAGUUGGCCCAGACCAAACUACAGCUGGUAGAGGCCAAGUGUAAGAUCCAGGAGUUGGAGCACCAGAGGGGAGUCCUGAUGAACGAGAUCCAAGCGGCCAAAAAUUCCUGGUUCAGCAAGACCCUGGGCUCCCUGAAGAGCUCUACGGGCAGCACCUCCCAGCCCCCCUCCUCCCCCAAAGAUGGGCCCCUGUAGGCCUCUACACAGACCACCCUGGCUGGGUGGGGGGGUCUGGAGGUCCGGAGAAGAGUCUACAGUAUGCACAGGAGAGCUUAUGAACACUACCUGAAUAACACCUGAGACGAUGCACUAUUCCCUUUCCAGGGGUGGAAGAUAGCCACAGGACAAAGUCAUCCCUCUACACAUCUUCCUCUCUCUAACUCACCCACUUUUCCACUGGACCAGCCAACCACCCUUCUUCACUAGAGCUUUCAUGGAAAAAUGACAUGUCGUCAUUCGUGUUGUGUGGAACCAAGAUGGAGAAUGACUGGUAAAUCUAGUGUGGGUUGUCAUUUACACUGUUGGCCAGGCUCCUAGCUGUCUUCAAAAAGCCAAUCAUUUUGUCUUUGAAGUGAGAGAUUAGCGGAGUACUAUAGGAAGUCUGGUUCUUAUAACGCCACGGUGGACAUUCAAUAAAACCGCUCUGCCCACUGGUGAUAUAUUGCUACUGCUGAGUGACAAAAAUAUAUAUAGCCUAUCAGCAGGUUAUGUGGCUAACUGAUAUUAUGAGAAAUCUUAAGUGCUCUAGCAGUCUUGACCCUGACCUGUAAGGAUCACACGACAGCUUCAAGCAGUAGGUGACAGGCUAGGAAUACGUAUUUGCUGCUUAAAAAAGGCAACUACUACAGGACACAUCUUCCGCAUAACACAUCUUUACGGCUCAAUGAAAGGGGCGUACUGCAUUCAGAAUCUAAAAACUACAUCUUGUUUGUCCUUUUUAGUAAUAUUACGUAAACUAUGUUGUCCUAUAAAUGUGUAUAACUCAUUAUUGAUCUUUUUUUAAAAUCUUGUACAGUUUUAAAACAAAUAAGAAACGAUAAGAAAAAAAUAUAAUUUGGAAUUUGAAUGUCGAGGUAAUUUAGCACAGUGUGAAAGAUCUGGGUCAAGUUCAAAUGUCGGGACAACCAAAGUGACAUUCCUACUGGACUGUUUCAUUCCUGCUUCUAUAACACCAUAGCCUGGUUCAAUCAGACUGAACACGGGGCUCACUAUUGUUUUUAAAGGUGCAGCGUAAUCUUCAAUAUGGUUUAACUGGGCUAAAAACUCAAAAGUAUACAUAAAGCCCAUCCACCACGUUAGGACCUACUGAGCUACUUAUUCCACUGGACUGAGCUCAAAUUUCAACUUCAAGUCAUCGUGUGUCACUCAAGUCUUUGCACAGAUCGUUCCAUUGAUCAGAGUGAAGCAUGAACCAAUCCUGAAGACAGGAGGUAACCUCAUUCUAACGUAAUGUUUAUGAAGGGCUCCCCCAUCUCUCUUCUAUUGUUAGCAAUCAUUGGAGUACUCCAUCUAUGCUACUUGGCUGAUUUAACUGUCUCCAUUUAACUCAGCCCAACUGCGCCUUUACAAACCCUGACACUCACCUAACCAUAACUUGUAAAGCGCGGUAGUUGAAUAUAGAACAGGCAUGGCUCCCAAUAACAUAUGAAAUGUCAUGAUGAACCAAUGAAAUGGCAGAAUAGAAGGGCAUUCUUAUAAAAAAAAGGCUGAGAUCGUGAGGUGUGUAACAAGUAAUUGAACAUUCCGAAACAUUCCGAAAUGUCUAUCCAAGCCAAGGUGCCCAUGAGGGUUAACAUGAUGGAAAGACUCAAUGGCCAUGCAGUAUAACAUAUGAUGGAAAGACUCAAUGGCCAUGCAGUAUAACAUAUGAUGGAAAUACUCAAUGGCCAUGCAGUAUAACAUAUGAUGGAAAGACUCAAUGGCCAUGCAGUAUAACAUAUGAUGGAAAGACUCAAUGGCCAUGCAGUAUAACAUAUGAUGGAUAGACUCAAUGGCCAUGCAGUAUAACAUAUGAUGGAAAGACUCAAUGGCCAUGCAGUAUAACAUAUGAUGGAAAGACUCAAUGGCCAUGCAGUAUAACAUAUGAUGGAAAGACUCAAUGGCCAUGCAGUAUAACAUAUGAUGGAAAGACUCAAUGGCCAUGCAGUAUAAUAUAUGAUGGAAAGACUCUCUCAAUAGCAAUGGGGAUUAACAUACAAUGGAAAGACAUUCAAUAGCAGCCCACUCAUUACACUGUUUUCUAGAGCCAUAUUAAUGCAUGUUUGUGCUGUGGACAGCUUCCAACAGACCUGCCAUGAACCACCGCUUUGGCCUCUAUUAGAAGCACUGUAGCGUUGGAUUCACCCUUUGGACAAAGACAGAGAGCGCUUGUAUACCUAUACGUGUGUGUCCUGCACUGACUGGUCCCAGGUGAAAUGGUUUCUUCACAACUCAGUGACUGUUGUUGUCUAAGGCCCAGAACUAUGUCCAUGAAAUAAUUAGAAUUAAGCCAUCUCAAUAUAUUAUACUCUCAAAAGAUUGUCACCUGUGCUAUGGCAUUCCUGCCUGCCAUUUUAAGACCAGGAUGCGAGUAGGCAGGGACGCUACAGAUGGAUCCGGGGGUUACGUCACAUUUCUGAACCUGCUUCCUUUCCUUGUCUCCUUUCCUUUGUGACCACUGAUCUGAAAAAACGCAACAGUUGAAAGUGAUAUGAUGGAUGCCUGUCCAGGUGUUUCACAAUGGAAAGGCAGAGAAAUAAGGUAGUCAGUUAAGAAUAUUAGGACACAGCCAUGUUUUUAGGUGUGUUAAAUGGACAGCAUGUCUUUCAUAUGUGUCACAUGCUGUGUACUGGUUUCAAAGUGCUUCAGCCAGAGUCCUAUCAAGUUUUACAAGGCUCAAGGCCUCUGUAUGUUUGCUAUGUGCACUAACUUUGCGUCAAUAUUUUAAACACUAUUUUAAGUUAAUUUGUACUCAUAAGUUAUUCAGAGAGCAAACCUACUUUCUUUUCUUCCUAAUUUUCUGUUGCUGAGAAGACAGUUGCCAAAUUAUAAUCCAACUACAACGAUGCAAAACAAAUAACUUCAGAUUCACAAUAUUGUACAGUUAUGCUAUACUUCAGUUGUUCUGCUUUAGUUUCCAACAUGGGGGAGUUGUCCUUCCCUGUUCCUCAUCAUUCCCAUGUGAAUCUGACAUGCUUUAACUCUAAUGGUAUUUUCUGCACAGUAAUCGUCUGAUGUACAUCAAUAAAAUUCCGUUCUCUGUCCACUGA